CACUAUACCUCAGACCAAAGUUUAGAAGAGUGUGUGUAGGUGCGUGUGUGUGAGGGGAGCUUUCUGAAAGCUUCACCCCCCGAGGAAAGAAGACGACGACUAGGAGAACUAGUGCAUUCAUUUAUUGAGGGGUUUUUCUUUUACGCUCACACAACCCUUGAUUUUCAUCAACUUUUUUUUUUCUCUAAUGUGGAUUACUCGGAGCUGACCCGCCAGGAUAUAAAAAAAGGAUAUAUUGUGUUUUUGCUGAAAGCUAUGGUGGCUUACGAUGAACUGGGUAGUUUGGUGCCUAUCAAACGGACUCUGCAAGUGAUAGACUACCAGAACCAAGCCAACAAAGAGUCAGAGGAACCCAGCAACAAGCGUGUCCGUCCUCUCGGCAGGGUGACGUCGCUAGCCAACCUCAUCUCUCCGGUGAAGAAUGGGGCCGUCCGGCGCUUCGGCCAAACCAUCCAGGCCUCGUUCCGGGGCGAUGGCAAGUCGCCGGGCGUGCCCCAGAAGCCUUGCAGCAAGGCAGCGGCCCCCACGCCGCCUAAGAGGAGGAACAGCACGCUGUGGUCUGAGACACUAGAUGUCCACCAGAAGGGAACUUUGUCCACAAAAGAGAUCAAGCGGCAGGAGGCCAUAUUUGAGCUGUCUCGUGGAGAACAGGACCUGAUUGAGGACCUCCAGCUUGCACGCAAGGCGUACCAUGACCCAAUGCUGAAGCUCUCCAUUAUGUCCGAGGAGGAGCUCACUCACAUCUUCGGCAACCUGGAUGCCUACAUCCCUCUGCACGAGGACCUGCUGGCCCAGCUCUCCAAAGCAACGGGACCAGACGGGACCGUGGGCCAGAUCGGACAGAUUGUCGUGAGCUGGCUGCCCAGGCUAAACGCCUACAAGGAGUACUGCAGCAACCAGCUGGCAGCCAAGGCGCUGCUGGACCAGAAGAAGCAGGACAGGCGGGUGCAGGACUUCCUGCAGCGAUGCCUUGAGUCGCCCUUCAGCAGGAAGCUGGACCUGUGGAGCUUCCUGGACAUUCCACGCUCCCGCCUGGUCAAGUACCCACUGCUGCUUAAAGAGAUACUGAGACACACUCCGCCAGAGCACCCAGAUGUUGGUAGCCUGGAGGAAGCGAUCACCAUCAUCCAGGGCGUUCUGUCUGAUGUCAACAUGAAGAAGGGAGAGUCUGAGUGCCAGUACUACAUUGACAAGCUGGAGUAUCUGGACGACCGACAGAAGGACCCUCGCAUUGAGCAGUGCAAGAGCCUGCUGUGUCACGGGGAGCUGCGUAACAAGAGCGGCACGAAGCUGCACGUGUUCCUGUUUACUGAGCUGUUGGUUCUCACUCGCCCCGUCACCAGGAACGAGCGCCAGUGUUUCCAGGUUUACCGACAGCCAAUCCCAGUGCAGGAUCUGGUGCUGGAGGACCUGCAGGACGGAGACGUCCGAAUGGGCGGCUCCUUCAGAGGCGCUUUCAGCAACGCAGACAAAGCCAAGAACAUUUUCAGAGUGCGCUCUCAAGACCUGAGCCAAGCGCAGUCCCACACGCUGCAAGUCAACGACAUCUUCCACAAGCAGCAGUGGCUCAACUGCCUCCGGAGCGCCAUUUCCGUCCACCGGCCCCUCAACGAGCCCACCACCCCCUGCCCGCCAAAGAGCUCCGCGCGCUCCAUGCGCCGCCCCUCCUCAGUGUCAGCCAUCAUCCACAUGGAGGAGGCGGACGAGAACUGCCUGCAGCCCGCCUCCCAGUCUGCCCCCAGCUCGCCGUGCAACAGCACAACCCCCAGCCCAACCACGACGUCCCCUUCAUCCUGCUCUUCAUCCUCAUCCUCUUCCUCAUCUUCAUUGUCCCCGCUCUCCUCGUCAACGUCGCACAAAACCAAAAAGGACAAGAAGUCUCUGUGUUCGUUAGGGAAGAGAAAAGAGACCAUGGUGUGAAUUUGAGCUGGCAGGAGACAACGGACUCCCGGGUGGACAUUUUCUUUUCUGUACAUAAAUGUUAAAGAACAGCGCAGAGGAGCGCGGGACUUGUAUUUAUGUGUGUCUGUGUGUGUGUGUAUUAAUACAACAGUGUUCUGUGUUACUGUCCUCUUUGGCAGCUAUUUACCUGACCCCUACUUCCAAGUGCACCGCACAGAGACACAGUGUUGGAGCGACGUGCUCGCCCCCACCAGCUCUUAAAGGGAUCUGUGUCACGAGUGGGUUUCUUGAAGAUAGAGGUGGUGCAUCCAAUCGUGUUUACUAUUAAUUUGAUAUUUAAACAUUAUUUUAGACCAUUUUUGGGGAGUUAAUGAAAGUUUUACAUUUUUAUAUUCUAAAAUGAAUUGUAUUUUUUUUUUUUUUUUUUGAUAUCAUAAAGCAGCACUGUUUUAGAUUUUAGGUGAAGUAUUUUAAAUUCUGACCAUGUUCGAGAGGGAACAAAGAAACAGAACAGAUGUAUACACAAAGCUACAACCUUUUCUGUAAAAGUCUGAUUUUUAGAUGAAUGAGAAGAUCUUAUUUUUAUACAUUCCUUAAACGACAUGUUUGGACCCGGACACUUUUUUGUUUUUCAGAUACUGUAGUCAGAGGCAUUAACUUAAAUCCCGAUCAAAUGAGAUUUCAUUUUCGCACUGCUAGAACAAAGACAACACUAUGAUUAAUAGAAAAAGAAAUCAUCAGGUGUUGACAUCAUGUCGGAGAAGAGAUGAGUUUUGUUUUCACACACAAAAUUUUUUACUGAGCCAUGUUGGUUUUUUUAUUUUUUAAAAAGAUGACUUUUCAGAAUGAAACUUUUUCAGUGUAGCAUCUUGCAUGGAGCUGCAGCCGUGGGCUCUGCUCGCACCUGCGGAGGCAGCAAUGAUGGAUUGACCUGUCCUGAGGGACGGGACGGGUGAAGUUGUAAAGGACGAGAGGAAUGUUGUCUGAAGGCCGAAGAGAUGAGAGGAAGACGAGAUGGAUUGUUGGAUAUGUUUUGGAAGAGGAAAGAUUGUCAGUGCAAGAUGUGUAAAUCCAACAACUGUCAGAGGACGUUGAUGUGAUAUCUUGCUCAUCGAUGGAUUAAAGAUGGUAAAACUCAAGUGAGUGGAAUCAGUGGGAAAAAGAAGGUAGGGGAAGAGAGAGACGCAAAAGAAGGAUUUUGUAUGUGUUUGUCAUUGAGAUGGAACAAGAGGAAAGAAGGCAAUCUGCUUGCCACAAACUGUAUUUAAUGAAAGAACAAUAAAAGUCUGUAAGAUUUGCAUCUGAA